CUCGGAUCAUCUCAGUUUCAUCGUCGCAGCGCAGUCGCUUAGCCCUGUCUUUCUUGCUUCUCAUGGAAGUCUUCAUGCACAAUGUCCCGAGUCAGCUCACGGAUGAGGGGCUGAAAAAGCAGCUGGAGCCGUUCCUAAAGCCACUCGGAAUCAUCGAUUUCUAUUGCGACAAACCCAAGAAGAAGAACAUCGCAUUUCUUACAUUCCGUCAUCGAGAAAACGGAGAAAGGUUCUUGCUAUUCCAUGGACAAGAGGAGACCCCAGGGCUACCGAGCCCUCGUGGGAAACCACGUCUGAAAUCCAAGUUACAAAUCAUGGGGUCGGAUGUUUUCUGCGCGCGAAGCAAGAAACCUCCAAACAAAUUCGCCCUACAAAGUCUUCAGCAUACUGCCGACCAACGAACAAAAGACAGUCUUCACAAGUAUGAGGAGGAUACGCAUGUCUCUUUCCGCUUAUCUAGCUUCAGCUGUGGCUAUCAUAAGUUCCUAGGAGAUGAACUCGGAUACGUCCCUGAAGUCCAGUGGUCGGAUACUGGCAUUAUGAAGUUCAGAAAGCGAUCCAUCACCAUCAAGUUGAACAGUAACUACAACAUCCGCAUACCACUUAAUACCGUUAUAGAGUUGAUAUGGUCCAGGGAUGGAAGCCUAACCCUCACCUUAUCCACAGUCCCAUACUUCUUUAAUCAAAGGGGGGACUUGGACGCCAUCAUAACACAGAUGGUUCAGUUUGGCUUUCGGGGAAUGAAUGUGGCAACACCUUCGCGCUCGCGUGUGUGCUCCCUGGGAGAGUCCCACGCAGAGGCUGUUGGACAGUGUCUUGUCUACCAGUUUCGGGUUCCUACCGUCGAUCUCAUGGCAGCCAUCCAAAAUCUGAAGAAGUGGGAGAUUCCGAUAGUGCGAUACGAUAUCAUCUCUCUUCAGAUGGCACGCGUAGGGUCUUUUCAAGUUUCGAUGAAGGCCCUCAUGAGUGAGUUAUCUAUCUACACCACACAGAACUCCCUCCCAUUCAGCAUUUUGUUUCAGCUGCAAGCCCUUGCGUACAACGCCUAUCUCCUACCGCACACAGUUUUGAGCCUAGCAAAAGAGUUAGCCAGGGCAUAUAAGGAAGACUUAUCGGCAGAAAGGAGACCUAUUUCCGUAUUGGCAAUGAAGAAAUUGUUUGACAUGAUCGACUGGCCCUCUCCCCACGGCAAUCCAGACGAUUUUAAACCGGCCUCUAUCUUGAGGACUUUGGAGCAAAUUGACAGGGAAAUCCUACAGGACAUAGCACAUCCGGGCGAGGUCCUAGGCCCAACUCAGAACUUGACGCCGAUUCACAAAGUCAUGGUUACGCCAACAAGAGUCACCCUCCACGGACCCGAAUUGGAACCUUGGAAUCGCAUUCUGCGCAGGUUUCCCAACCACCACGACUACUUCAUUCGAGUGCAGUUCUGUGACGAGGAUGGUCAGGACCUACAUUUCAACGGGCGUAAUAGCUAUGAUGAUGUGCUUUCCCGAUUCAAGCAUGUGCUCAUCCGGGGUAUUCAGAUUGCUGGUCGAACUUACUCGUUUUUGGGAUGGUCGCAUUCGUCGCUAAGAUCUCAUGCAGUCUGGUUCUGCUCCCCCUUUGUUGAUGAAGCUGGCCGUUUCCAAACGCACUUCAGUAUCAUAAAGGCGCUUGGUGACUUCGGCAAAAUUCAAUCACCCGCUAGGUGUGCCGCCAGAAUUGGACAAGCAUUCACGGAUACGCCAUUUGCCGUCUCCUUGUCCGAUUAUAACAUAGAGGUUUCGGAGAUAGCCGAUGUGACCUCCAAGGAUGGGUCACGAGUGUUCAGUGAUGGUGUAGGAACUUUGUCCUGGGAUGCAGCGGAGUCCAUUUGGGAUAACAUACCGGAGAAAAAAGGAUCUCCUACCUGCUUUCAAAUCCGACUGGGAGGAGCGAAAGGGAUGCUUGCUGUUGAUAGCCGGCUUUCGGGGUCUCGUGUCAAUAUCCGGCCGUCAAUGAUUAAAUUCAACGGCGAGAUGAAAGAUCUCGAGAUCUGUGAUGUGGCAGCCAAACCGAUGGGCCUUGUCUUGAACCGGCAGAUGAUAAAGAUCCUGGAAGACAUGGGAACAUCUAAUGAUUGGUUCUUCGACUUGCAGAACACAGCACUCGCCCAUCUCCGCCAGGUCACCGCAAACGCUCAUAAUACCGAAGUCUUUAUCAAACGACAGGCGGUCGGUGACAGUAUCGGUCUCUUCAGGAUCUAUCGCCAGUGUCAUCUACUUGACCUGGAUUAUAGGAAAGAACCGUUUCUUCGUUCCCUCGUCGAAGCUGUGGUUCUCAAAGAGUUGCGUCUACUGAAACACAAGGCUCGUAUUCCCGUCCAUGAGGGCAUCACAUUGUUCGGUAUCAUGGAUGAGACUGGCUUCCUCGAAGCUGGCCAGGUAUACGUAACUUAUGAUCCAGUGAAAGGAAGACACGCGGCCCCUCCUAAAGCUGGGAAACUUCUUGUAACUCGCUCGCCCGCUCUCCACGAUGGAGACAUUCAAUAUGCAUACAAUUCUAUUCCCCCCGCUGGCCACCCGUUGACAGAGCUUACGAACUGCAUCGUGUUCAGUAGCAAAGGAGAUCGUGACUUACCAAGCCAGCUUAGCGGGGGUGAUCUUGAUGGCGAUAUCUUUAACAUUAUUUGGGAUACCGAUGCCUAUCCAAUCCGAACAUUUGCCCCUGCGGAUUAUCCUCGUGUCAGCCCAAUUGACAUCGGCCGCCCAGUCAUGAGAGAAGAUAUGGCCCAAUUUUUCAUUGACUUUAUGAAGACGGAUCAUCUUGGAAUGAUUGCCUCAAGACAUAUGGUCUUAGCUGACCAGGAAGAUGGGGGUACAUCUCAUCCCGACUGCCGAAGACUGGCGCAGUUGCAUUCCACGGCGGUGGAUUUUUCCAAAACCGGUAUCCCUGUGCACAUCAGCGAUAUUCCACGGGGGAAUAAUUUCCGACCGGACUUCAUGGCACCAGGACCUCUAGCCCACAUUCACAGCCGAUCGGAAAUCGUGCUUGACCAGUAUGUUAUUCAAGCAGCGUACGACGAGGACGACGAUGCCGAGCCGCCCCGCAAGUAUUAUCGGUCCGAAAAUAUUCUGGGCAAGCUCUACAGGGCCAUAGAUGAGCGGAAGAUUUGGUAUGACGAUGUUCACUCCAAAGUCUUGACGAACGAAGACGAGUUCUGGAACGAAUUCCUGUGGUCGACCCAUGAGCGAUGCAAUAAAAUUGGUCCUAUCUCAUGGGAACGGUGGCUGGAUGAAGCUCGGCGUAUACGCUUGGUAUACGAAGAGGCCGUGUUCUCGGCAAGAAACAAUUACUCCGACCACCCAAUCAACCCAAUCAGCGAACUCGAAGUGUUCAUCGGAUCCGUCAUGAACAAGAGCGGAGUACAAACUCGUCGCCAGCGGGAUCAGUCCACUAAACUCGCCGACGAAUUCGAUCGCAUCUCGACCUGGAUUGUGGGUCAGAUGCGAGGGAACAGCACAGCCGGGCCAACAACCAGCCCCUCGGAUCCGCUCAAACCUCUAGAGCUUUGCUUCGCCAGCGUCCAUGCUGGGGGUGAAACGGAAAGAGGUUCCACACGCCGUCGCAGAGACGAGUACGGGGAGCUCAAGAGUUUCCGAGUCGUCGCAUCCUGCGCCUUGCUCUUCGAGCUGGAUCAAUUCGAGAAGGGGAAGAAGCAACCUACCGGAUACCAGUAAAUCUUCCGCUGUCCAGGAUGCCGGAGCCGAUCGGCCACACAACUUAUCCCUGAAUCACAACGGAGUAUCAUCAUCGUUAAUAUGCUAUUUUCCCUGUCUACUACUGUACCAUUCAAAAACAUAAGACAUGCGGGUUAAUCUUUGCAGAUACGAGUCAGCCCCCGAAUCAAUGUGACAUGCGGUUUCAAACUAUGAAUCAUCUCCCCUGCACCUGGGGAACGGUAACAAAUGAAAUUUUCUCCUAACCACAGCCAAGAUAAUUUAAACUCUACCAUCCUGACUGCAUCUAUUUCUGUCCCCUAAACCGAGAAUCCCCCCUGUUUCAUGUCCCUCUUACUUCUCGCUUCCCAUUUCCUGUUUCGACACGUACGUAG